GCAUGAUGGUGGACUCCCAGUACAUUCUCCCCAAUGACAUUGGCAUUGCGACGCUGGACUGCACAGAGGCCUUCCGCCUGUUGUCUCCGGAGGAACGACUGUAUGCCCACUACCUUUCUCGGGCCUGUUGGUACGGUGGGCUGGUGGUGCUGCUGCAAACCUCCCCUGAAUCCCCCGCAAUUUAUGUCCUCGUAUCCCGACUCUUUCGAACCCAGGACCCCACUGAGCUAGGGGAGGUGGCGCGGUCACUUGGACUCUCGGAUGAAGAGUAUCAGGCAAUCCUGGUUUAUGCCGCUGCCGUCUAUGCCAACAUGGGCAACUACAAGUCCUUUGGAGAUACCAAAUUUGUACCCAACCUUCCUAAGGAGAAGCUAAAGCAGUUGGUAUGGGCGAGCCAGGCGUUCAAGGACCACCCGCAAGAGAUGGAGGCACUGUGGGGACGCUGUGGGGAUCUCAUGUUCUCCCUGGAGCCCACACAAAAGCACUUGGGGCUCAGUGGCCAGGGUGUUUCUACUUAUUUCUCUUCAAACUGCAGCAUGGAAGACGCCAAGCUAGCCCAGGAUUUCCUGGACUCUCAGAACAUCAGUGCUUACAACACGAGGCUUUUUAAGACGAAAGUAAAUGGAAAAGUGAGCUAUGAAGUCCGACUGGCUUCGGUGUGCUCAGAUGAUUCCCAGCUCGAUGCAGACAUGGCCUCCAAGAUGAAAUGCUUCCAGUUUGGCGGCUGCCCGUUUUCAGUGACGCGAGGCGAUUAUGCCCCGCUUUUGCAGAAGGUCGUGGAGAACCUACAGAAAGCCCAGCAACAUGCAGCCAACCCAACCCAAGCAGAGAUGCUGACCCACUACAUCACCAGUUUCACCCAGGGCUCCAUUGUGGCCCACAAGGAAGGCUCCCGCUGUUGGAUUCACGACAAGGGUCCCAUUGUGGAGAGUUACAUCGGUUUCAUUGAAAGCUACCGAGAUCCCUAUGGCUCCAGGGGAGAAUUUGAAGGGUUUGUGGCCGUUGUGAACAAGGCCAUGAGUGCAAAGUUUGCCCGGUUGGUGGCAGCGGCGGAGCGUCUGCUGCAGGAGCUGCCUUGGCCCCGUGCCUUUGAGAAGGACACUUUCCUGAAGCCGGACUUUACUUCGCUCGAUGUGCUCACCUUUGCCGGGAGCGGGAUUCCUGCCGGUAUCAACAUCCCAAAUUAUGAUGACAUCCGUCAAACCGAUGGCUUCAAGAAUGUCUCACUGGGAAAUGUCCUAGCUGUGGCCUAUUCCACCAAGAAGGAGAAACUGACCUUCCUUGCAGAGGAGGACAAGGACUUGUACAUCAAAUGGAAAGGGCCCUCUUUCGAGGUGCAGGUGGGCCUUCACGAACUCCUGGGCCAUGGCAGUGGGAAACUUUUUGUCCAGGACGAUUCGGGGGCUUUCAAUUUUGACCGGGAGGCAGUGACUAACCCAGAAACAGGGGAGCAGAUUCGGAGUUGGUAUCGUGGUGGCGAGACCUGGGACAGCAAGUUUUCGAGUGUGGCAUCUAGUUAUGAGGAAUGCCGGGCAGAGUGUGUGGGACUUUAUCUCUGUCUCAACAAGGAGGUGUUGGGGAUCUUUGAACUGGAUGGAGAAGAUGCUGAGGAUGUGACCUACAUCAACUGGCUGAACAUGGUGCGCGCCGGAGUGCUGGCGCUGGAAUUCUACACACCAGAGUCUGGAUCGUGGCGACAGGCGCAUAUGCAGGCCCGCUUUGUCAUCCUGAGGGUCCUCCUAGAAGCCAGUGGGGGACUGGUGUCACUUCGUCACACCACGGGAGCAGACGGCAAGCCUGAUGCUGUUGUCUUGCUGGACCGGACCAAGAUUGUCACAGUGGGGAAGCCUGCCCUGGAGCGUUUCCUCCGCAAGCUGCAGGUGCUGAAGUCCACCGCAGAUGUGGCAGGAGGACGCGCACUCUAUGGGGCAUACUCUGCAGUGACGGAUGAAGAACCAGAGCGCUUCCUAACUUUGCGGCACACGGUGCUACUACGCAAAGAAGCACGCAAGCUCUUUGUGCAAGCAAAUACCCGCCUGGAAGGAGAUGACGUUGUACUCGUGCAAUACGAAGGCAGCGCAGCUGGCCUGGUCAGAUCCUUCCGUGACCGUUUCCCCGAAGAUGCAGAAGUCCUGGAACAAAAACUGCUGGAUCUGGCACAUGCUGAUGCCCAAUAUUGGGGAAGCUGAGGAUAGCACCAUGUAAACCUUGCAAGGAAGCACCCCUUCAGUUUGCCUCACAGGUACAUCCAUGCACCCUUUACCUGGGCACAGCAGCUGAAUGCGCCGGCCCUACAGUUAAUACACUCAACCAUCACUUUCCCUCGGAUGGCACAGACCUCGGAUUAUACUUGGAACUCAAUAAACAAAGAGUUUUUAUAAAGUG